AGAGGAAAUUAUUUGGAAGCUGUUAUAGACUAUAGUCACAGUGAGUUUGAAAAAUUUCUAUAAACACAAUCUUAGACGGUACUAUUGCUCAAGAAUCAAUAUCAUGAACACUUAUUAUCAUGUUAUGGGAUUAUUGUUGCUCGUAUGUUACCUUAAUACGUUGGUGGUGGAGUUUGCACAUGGAACAACAGAUUUGGUUAACUAUCCACAAGAUUUAACAUGUGGAAAUCAAGUUAUCAAAUUCCCUUUCCAUAUCAAAAACCAAAAUCCAAAUCCAUCUUUGCAUGGCUAUCCAGAUUUUGAGUUAUUUUGUUCAUCAAAUAAUGAAACUAUGAUUGAACUUCCUUACAAAGUGAAACUCAAUGUUAAGAACAUUGACUACAAACACCAAACCAUUGAACUAUUUGACCCACAAAGUUGUCUUUACAAACAUAUCCACAACCUCAAUCUUUCAGAAUCUCAUUUCAACUACUUGAAACAUGACUACGAUGAUUUUGUCGACCAUCACUUUUUCAAUUGUUCGCUUUUGAAUAGAGAUUGGAUGGAUUCCUAUUCGGUUUCGUGUCUAAGAACUUCCACCUCUCAAAUAUAUGCUAUCCCUUCUAGUACAAAUAUUGAAGACCUUCCUCUUUCGUUUUGCACCAAAAUGUUUAAUGUUUCAUUCAAACCUUCUGAUUCUCUUCGUUUGACGUGGUCUGAGCCUAAUUGUAAACACUGUGAAUCAAAAGGAAAAAUAUGUGGUUGGAAAAAUACUACUAGUAACAGUGACAACAAGGAAGUAGAUUGUGUCCCAAAAAACAAGAAAGGUUCAUCAAAGGCUCUAGUAAACACAGGAUCAAUUUUAGGAUCGUUGUUUUUCAUCUUGUUGAUUGGUGGAGUCUUCCAUAUUUAUGACUCUUACAUACUAAGGAAAGAAAAACAAGCAAUUAUAGAAAAGUUUUUAGAAGACUAUAGAGCUCUUAAGCCAACCAGAUACUCUUAUGUAGAAAUUAAGAGAAUCACAAAUAAUUUCGGGGAUAUGUUAGGACAAGGAGCCUAUGGAACUGUUUAUAAAGGAAGCAUUUCAAAAGAAUUUAGUGUUGCUGUGAAGAUACUAAAUGUUUCUCAGGGAAAUGGCCAAGACUUCCUAAAUGAAGUGGGUACAAUGGGUAGAAUACACCAUGUUAAUAUUGUUCGUUUGAUCGGUUUUUGCGCCGAUGGCUUUAAAAGAGCUCUUAUUUAUGAGUUUUUGCCAAAUGGUUCUCUACAAAAGUUCAUAAAUUCACCGGACAACAAGAAAAACUUCCUUGGCUGGAAAAAGUUGCACGAAAUUGCUUUAGGAAUAGCUAAAGGAAUUGAAUAUCUUCAUCAAGGUUGUGAUCAACGCAUCCUCCAUUUUGAUAUCAAGCCACAAAAUGUGUUACUUGACCACAACUUUAUUCCAAAAAUAUGUGAUUUUGGUCUAGCUAAAUUAUGUUCAAGGGAUCAGAGCAUAGUGUCAAUGACCGCGGCUAGAGGAACUUUGGGCUACAUUGCUCCAGAAGUUUUUUCAAGGAACUUUGGAAACGUGUCUUUCAAAUCGGAUGUUUAUAGUUAUGGAAUGAUGUUGCUUGAAACGAUAGGAGGGAAGAAGAUCACAGAGGAUUUAGAGGAAAACAGUAGUCAUGUUUACUAUCCGGAGUGGAUUUAUAAUCUUAUAGAUGAUGAAGAGGAAAUGAGAAUUCAUGUUGAUGAUGAAGGGGAUGAAAAAAUUGCAAGAAAAAUGGCCAUCGUGGGACUUUGGUGCAUUCAGUGGCAUGCUAUGGAUCGACCAUCAAUGCAAAUGGUGGUUCAAAUGUUGGAGGGAGAUGAAGACAAAACUCCAAUACCUCCAAAUCCCUUUGCUUCUCAAUCUAGACGGCCUAGGAAAAAUAGUGCAAUUGCAACUACGGGACAUCUAGCACAAGAUUUAGAUGUGAUUCACGAGUUAGAUUGACUUGAAAUUGUGAAAUAUGUGUUGCUUUAUCUUUAGUUUCGUUCUCUUUCUUCCUUCAAAUUGAUAUUAGGACUGAAAUAACACAGCAAUAGGCAAAUGCUAAGGUGGAUGAGCUUCUCAUGUAGUUUACCAUAGUCCAGAAAAGUUUUGCAUUACUUUAUAAAUCUAUAAGUCUUGGCUAAUUCUUGAAUAUUGACCCUUGUUCAAACCAAAUAUUGCUAAACAAUCAGCCUGCUUCCUCUCA